AUGACUGAUCGCUACAUCCCCGAGCAUCGUCGGACGCAGUUCAAGGCCAAGGGUGCUUUCAAGCCCGAGGAGCUUCGCCGCCGUCGUGAGGAGCAACAGAUUGAGAUUCGAAAGGCCAAGCGCGAGGACAACCUCGCCAAGCGCCGUGGCAUUGCCACUGGCGACAGCCGUCCUGGUGCCUCGCUCGGUGCUGCCCCCGACAGUGACGAUGAGUCCGCUCCCACAGAGUCUCAGCUCAACGAGGACCUCCCCCAGAUGGUCGCCGGCGUCUUCUCCGACCAGAUGGAGCAGCAGAUCCAGGCCACGACCAAGUUCCGCAAACUGCUCUCCAAGGAGCGCAACCCUCCCAUCGAAGAGGUCAUCAAGACGGGUGUCGUUGGUCGCUUCGUCGAGUUCCUCCGAUCUCCCCACACUCUCGUUCAGUUCGAGGCUGCCUGGGCCCUGACCAACAUUGCCUCUGGCUCUGCCACCCAGACUCAGGUUGUCAUCGAAGCCGGCGCGGUACCCAUCUUCGUCGAGCUCCUGGCUAGCCCAGAACCAGAUGUGCGCGAGCAAGCCGUCUGGGCUCUCGGAAAUAUUGCCGGAGACAGCCCCCACUGCCGUGACUACGUCCUGAGCUGCGGUGCCCUCAAGCCUCUCCUCAACCUCCUUGGCGACAGCCGUAAGCUGAGUAUGCUUCGCAACGCCACUUGGACGCUUAGCAACUUCUGUCGUGGCAAGACACCUCAGCCGGACUGGAACACUAUUGCCCCGGCUCUGCCUGUCCUCUCCAAGCUCGUCUAUAGCCUCGACGACGAGGUCCUCAUCGAUGCCUGCUGGGCCAUUUCGUACCUUUCUGACGGCCCCAACGAGAAAAUCCAAGCGGUUAUUGAAGCUGGCAUCCCUCGCAGGCUCGUUGAGCUCCUCCUUCACGCUUCCACCUCUGUCCAGACCCCUGCCCUGCGCUCCGUCGGCAACAUUGUAACCGGUGACGACUUGCAAACCCAAGUCAUCAUCAACUGUGGUGCUCUUCCUUGCCUCCUGUCUCUCCUGAGCUCUACCAAGGACGGCAUCCGCAAGGAGGCCUGCUGGACCAUUUCCAACAUCACUGCCGGCAACUCUGCUCAAAUCCAGGCUGUUAUUGACGCCAACAUCAUCCCUCCCCUGAUCCACCUUUUGCAAAAUGGUGAUCUGAAGACUCGUAAGGAGGCGUGCUGGGCCAUUAGCAACGCUACCUCCGGUGGCUUGCAGAAGCCUGAGCAGAUUCGCUACCUCGUUGGCCAGGGCUGCAUCAAGCCUCUGUGCGACCUGCUCAUCUGCCCUGACAACAAAAUCAUCCAGGUUGCCCUCGACGGUCUUGAGAACAUCCUCAAGAUUGGCGAUCUUGAUAAGCAGGCUGCUGGUGAGGGUGCUGAGAACCUCAACAAGUACGCGCUCUUCAUUGAAGAGUGUGGUGGCAUGGAGAAGGUCCACGACUGCCAGAACAACGCCAACGAGGAGAUUUACAUGAAAGCCUACAACAUCAUCGAAAAGUACUUUUCCGAUGACGAGGAGAACGCUGAUGAGGGUAUGGCCCAACCAGCCGGUCCUAAUGGCCAGUUCGGCUUUGGCACCAAUGGCUCUGGCCAGGCCGGUGGCUUCAACUUUGCCAACGGUGGCGACUCAAUGGACAUGUAA